UAGCCACACUUUUUGCUUUCUAGUAUCUAUAUCCAGGUAUCUCUUCCACGUACCAACGGUUUCAGUAGCAAAAGCCCAAAGAGAGACGGGGGAAUGGCUUACUGCGCAUUGUUUGUAAAUCCCAACACCAUCGCUGUCUCUGUUUUUCCGAUUACUAUCAUCAAAUCCGUUAGAUUCAAAUACCCAUGUUUCCUCAAAGAAGCCCCCGUCUCCGCAAAUCUUUCUAUUACCUACGACGACGAAGCUACCAACAAGAGAUCCUCGGUUCACCACGACAGUCUCAGAGUUCUAGAAUGGGGCAGUCUCUGCGACGCCGUCGCAUCCUUUGCCGGCACUUCCUUGGGCCGCGAAGCUACAAAAGCACAGCUGUGCUCUCUGAAUCAGACUUACGAGGAAAGCCUGAGGCUUCUGGAGGAGACUAAUGCGGCCGUGGAAAUGCACAAGCACGGUGGUUGCAGGUUGGACUUCGGAGGCAUCGACGCAAUUCUUGUGAAAUCUGCUAUCCUACAAGCACGGAGAAGUUUACCGGUGGAUGGAAAUAAGGCUAUGGCUGUUGCAGCUCUGCUACAGCUUGCUGACACUCUGCAGUUUAAUCUAAAAGCUGCCAUCAAGGAAGACGAAGAUUGGUACAGACGCUUCAUGCCUCUCACAGAAGAUAUAAUGGGAUUGGUUAUAAAUCGAUCAUUAGUGAAAUUCAUAUUGCAAGUAAUUGAUGAAGAUGGUUCGGUUAAGGACUCUGCGAGUUCAAUGCUGAAACAUGCACGUGAUCGAGUGAGGAUGCUUGAGAGAAAGAUAUAUCAUUUAAUGGAGAGCCUAAUUAGGAACGAAAAGAGUGAAGCAUCAUUUCUGGAAGUGAGUAACAUUGAUGGCCGGUGGUGUAUAACAUCAGCGGCUGAUCGACUGACAAGUUUUAAGGGUCUACUGUUAUCCAGUGGUUCAGUCACAGGAAGCAUUGUAGAACCACUCUCUGCUGUUCCUUUGAAUGAUGAACUGCAGCAAGCAAGGGCAUCGGCAGCAAAGGCUGAGGCAGAUGUGCUCUUAAUGCUGUCAGAAAAGAUGCAAAUGGAUCUUGAUGCCAUUGAGCAGUUAUUGAACAUUAUAAUUCGGCUGGAUGUGGUCAAUGCUCGAGCAACCUAUAGUCUUUCAUUUGGAGGCACGUGUCCUGAUUUAUUUCUCCCUGGAGGCAACGGCACUUCUGGUUCUGUUGCAUCCCUAUCAGGGAUCAAAUCUUCAAAGGCGGCUUACCCGAUUAAGAGGGAGUGGACAUUGUAUCUGCCAAAAACUUAUAACCCUUUAUUGCUUCAGCAGCACCGGCAAACUUUGCAGAAGGCCAGGAAGGAUGUCAGUAAUGCUACUAAUGACAUCAGGAGGCAAAAGCAAGGCGAGAUUAUAGCACGAAAGGGAGAUACAGAUAUAGAUCUUUUAUCCUUAGAAAUGCAGGUUACCGCGCUAGAACAAGCUCAACCUGUUCCAGUUGACUUUUUUGUAGAUCAUAAAACUCGGGUCUUGGUCAUAACUGGCCCUAAUACUGGGGGCAAAACCAUUUGCUUAAAGACUGUUGGAUUGGCAGCUAUGAUGGCUAAAUCAGGUCUUCAUGUUUUAGCUUCUGAAUCUGUAAAAAUCCCUUGGUUUGAUGCUGUUUUUGCUGACAUUGGGGAUGAACAGUCCUUGUCCCAGUCUCUAUCUACCUUCUCUGGCCACUUGAAACGAAUAAUUGACAUUCAAUUGCACUCAACAAGUCAGUCAUUGGUGCUACUAGAUGAAGUUGGUGCGGGAACCAAUCCUCUUGAAGGUGCAGCUUUGGGUAUGUCAUUACUGGAGUCUUUUGCUGAAACUGGUGCUUUGUUGACAAUAGCUACGACACAUCAUGGUGAACUCAAAACCCUGAAAUACAGUAACGACUCCUUUGAAAACGCAUGCAUGGAGUUCGAUGAAGUCAACUUGAAACCAACAUUCAAGAUUCUCUGGGGUGUACCAGGGCGUUCAAAUGCAAUCAAUAUUGCUGAAAGGUUAGGACUCCCCAGUUCCAUUGUAGAUAAUGCUCGUGAACUAUAUGGUGCAGCUAGUGCCGAGAUAGAUGAGGUCAUAACUGAUAUGGAAAGGUUCAAGCAAGAUUUCAAGGAACAAUUAGAGGAAGUGCAACAUCAUGUGCUGCUCUCAAAGAAUCUUUAUGAAAAUCUGUUGGUUGCAAGAAGGAAGAUAAUGGAACAUAGCACCGAUCUAAGAUUAAGGAAGAUGCGUGAAAUAUAUGAGGCUGCAGCAGUGGCACGUUCUAUUCUUCACAGGAAAGUGCGACAGCGUCGUGCAUCUGCAAUUCAAUCUUCACAGCCAAAUCCAGAUGAUAAAAGCAGGCGUUCAUUGGGAAUUAAUGGCCAGCAUAACACAGCAGAAUACAGUGAACCUUCUACCACAUCUAAGAGUGCAUCUUUUGUUGAAGAUAUUAAGAAAUCACCAUCAGAGAAGUCUCAGCUUCCUAAGAUUGGGGAUAUGGCGUAUGUUUCUUCCCUUGGGAGGAGGGUGACAGUUUUAAGAGUGGAGCCAUCUAAAGAUGAAAUAGUUGUGCAAACUGGUAACAUGAAGCUGAAGUUAAAGCUCAGUGAUGUUCAGACAUGACUAACAAGGUUAGCCUUCUGAAUAUGGUAAGCCCUUUUCUUCUAGUGCAAAGCACUUAGAUGGCCUUCUGUCUCUAUGCCCUGUCCAAAUGAGCAAUAUGACAUUGACAGGUUGAGUAAUGUACCAUUGGUUUUGUUUCACCAUACAUUAGUCAAUAACUGAAGUGUUUAACAGAAUCUAUCAGCAAGGACAGGGUGAGAAGAUCCUCAUCAUGGAUUUUGGAAUUCAUGUACCUCAUAUUUUCAGCCAUGCUCCAAAGACAUUAUGGUCCUAUAAGUUUGAGUCUCCGCUACCCUUUCUGAACUGAAUCUUUCUCCCAUUGUCUGACCUCAGCAACUCGGUGUUGAUGUAUAUUCUUUCUACCACUCAUAUAUAUGUGUGUGUAUAUAUAUAUACAUGGAGGUAUCUUCCGACUUAUAUGUCAAGCCUUACGGGAAGGCAGAUCAUGUUGGACACCCUUUUUUAUCUGGUGUACUCAAGGAGCGGGACCAUUGGAAGAAAUAUUAGAUAGAUGGCCAGAAACUUUCUGAAACUCAAAUGCGAAUUUCCAAAACCAGAUGUUUGAUACUUCAAUGAGUCAAUUCAUAGUGUAAAGAUAUCCUUGGAAAUGCAAACCCAUAUGCUAGUGGAGGCUUCACAAUGAUCAGAAAAAAAAAAAGAACUGUGACAUCUCAGAGAUGCUAAAGAAAAGGUGCACAGUAUACUUCUGUUCAGCUUAAUUUCUAUUUAGUUGAACAAUAGAAAUCUAAAGAAUGUCACAGCAAGAACCCCAUUUAUAUAUCCUAUUGGUAGGUCUUCAGAUCAGAUGAUUAAUGAUUAUAUCUUCUUAAAUGUGACAGGAAAAUUUAUAUUAGAUGGUAAGUUUAUUUUGACUUCCUGGAAAAUGGAUUGAAGCUGUAAAAGUGUGUGAUUGUUGAGCGUCCCAUAGGCCAUAUUUAUUGUUUUUGACAGUAGAUCCUGAACAUUUGCAUUGGGAUGCUAAAGUCGGUUUUGUUGCCGUUGCUGCAUUUUUGGCAAGGCACACUUUGCUGGGAAGAUUUAUCAAGGAAAAGGAGGGAAAGGAAGAAAUAUAAUUCUCGUUCGGGGAUGACAGUGGCUCCCUAUUGCAUAUUUGGGAUUGUACUUGAAUAUAUACAAGCUAGACGCACCAGCAUUUAUAAGUUGUUUGUAUUUGAAUAAAUUAACUUUUUGUAUGUGAUUAGGUACGUGAGUCUUUCCGUCUUGUUCUCAAAGGAAACAAUAUAACUACAGUUUUUUA